GGGCAGACCGCGGGAUGUCCAUUCGUACUAUGGUAGGGGAAAGGAGCGACAGGGAAGUGUUGGUGCUCACCUGGCUAGCUCACUUAAUGAAUGAACAGACUCUUCUCUUUUUUUCUUUCUUUCCUUUUUUUUUUUUUUAAAUUUCUCAACCGCAGAAAGUUGGGGAGCCUUUCUGAGCCUGCAACAACUGAGAUGCUAUGUUGAAAUAUGUUAUGUCUUGAUGGCAUGCCUCAGGUUUGCAGGCGCAUUUUGUAAUCUUCCUGGUGUCAUUUCUCUCCAGGGUAUUCUACAACUGGAGAGUGCAAGUUCCUGUGGUGUUGUAACGUUGUGCCACUGUGUACACAUGACACUACAAUGCUGACUUAACAGUGAUGUCUAUUAAUAUCAGUGACGUAAAGCUGGUAUUUAUUCUGACGAAAAGCUCAGGAAUUUAUCAGUUUCUUCAGGUACUUCAUACCAGAUGUUCUUUGUGUGUCAGUUAACUUUCUGUGAACUAACAAAAGAAAAAGUUAGAAAUAAUCCAAAGCAAGCGAACAUUGUUAUACUCGAGUCCUACAUACCCAUGCCACAAACAGAAGUUGAGGUUUCGCAUUAACAGAGAAAUAUAAAGAACAUUCCACAGUAUCAAAAAAAGAUGAUGUUGGUUUAUUGGAAGAUGCAUGGAGUCUAGAAAAAAAUCUCGGCUUCGUUCAGGGAUUACAAUGGUUGACACAGAAAUGCCAUUUUGGCCCAUUAAUUUUGGAAUAAGUCCAGUGGAUCUGUCAGCGAUGGAUGAUCAUACACAUUCCUUUGACAUAAAGCCAUUUACCACUGUUGAUUUUUCAAGCAUUUCUUCACCGCACUAUGAAGAUAUUCCUCUUGCAAGAACUGAUCAGACAAGCAUUGAUUAUAAAUAUGAUAUUAAGCUCCAGGAUUGCCAAAGUGCAAUCAAAAUGGAGCCUCCUUCCCCACCUUACUUUUCAGAAAAAGUUCAGUUGUACAAUAAACCUCAUGAGGAGUCUUCCAACUCCCUUAUGGCUAUUGAAUGCCGUGUGUGUGGGGACAAGGCCUCUGGAUUUCACUAUGGUGUGCAUGCAUGUGAGGGUUGUAAGGGCUUUUUUCGAAGAACAAUCAGAUUAAAGCUGAUUUAUGACAGGUGUGAUCUUAAUUGCCGCAUCCAUAAGAAAAGCAGAAAUAAAUGUCAAUACUGCAGAUUUCAAAAAUGCCUUGCCGUCGGAAUGUCACAUAAUGCCAUCAGGUUUGGGCGAAUGCCACAAGCGGAGAAGGAGAAGCUCUUGGCAGAGAUUUCCAGCGACAUCGACCAGUUAAACCCUGAAUCUGCUGAUCUACGAGCACUUGCCAAGCAUUUGUAUGACUCAUACAUAAAGUCCUUCCCUCUGACCAAAGCCAAGGCGAGGGCGAUCUUGACAGGAAAGACGACAGACAAAUCACCAUUUGUUAUAUAUGACAUGAACUCUUUAAUGAUGGGAGAAGAUCAGAUCAAGUGCAAGCAUGUGUCACCGCUGCAGGAGGAGAACAAAGAGGUAGCAAUUCGCAUUUUCCAGCGAUGCCAGUUUCGCUCCGUGGAGGCAGUGCAGGAGAUUACGGAAUUUGCCAAGAACAUUCCAGGUUUUGUGAAUCUUGACCUGAAUGAUCAAGUAACUCUCCUGAAAUAUGGGGUCCAUGAGAUCAUAUAUACUCUCCUAGCUUCUCUGAUGAAUAAAGAUGGAGUUCUUAUAUCUGAUGGACAAGGAUUCAUGACACGGGAGUUUCUGAAGAGCCUGAGAAAACCUUUUUGUGACUUUAUGGAGCCCAAGUUUGAGUUUGCUGUGAAGUUCAAUGCACUGGAAUUAGAUGACAGUGACCUGGCAAUAUUUAUAGCUGUCAUUAUACUAAGUGGAGAUCGCCCAGGUUUGUUAAAUGUGAAGCCCAUUGAAGAUAUACAAGACAAUCUGUUGCAAGCUUUGGAGCUCCAGCUGAAGCUGAAUCAUCCAGAAUCAUCACAGCUGUUUGCAAAGUUGCUUCAGAAAAUGACGGACCUCAGACAGAUUGUAACAGAACAUGUGCAGCUGUUGCAAAUAAUAAAGAAAACGGAGACAGAUAUGAGUCUUCAUCCACUCCUACAAGAAAUCUAUAAAGACUUAUAUUAAUGACCAUAGUAGUUCUAAUCCGCUGACAUAAUGUAUGUUCUUCAGAUUGCACUAUUUCUUUGAGGGAAAACUUUGCAUACCUAAGAAAUUACUGUGAAACAGCAUUUAAAAAGAGAGAGCUUAGUAUAGUAGAUCUAUUUUAUGCAUAUUGUUUAUAAAGACACAUUUACAAUUUACUUUUAAUAUUAAAAAUAUCUAUAUCAUGAAAUUGUUGGCAGUAUUUUCAGAAUUAAUUUUUUAAACUAUCUUAUUUCUUAAAAUUGCUUGUCCAGUAUGAUUGAUGCUUCACUGAAGUUGGUUAAGCAUGCAGUUAAAUUUUCAACUUAAAAAUAAAAAUCUUUCUCCUUAAACAUUUCUAGGGAAACGUUUUAAGUAUUAUGUUUGAUUUUGUGCUCCCAAGGCAGCAGCAAAAUAACACUAAUGUCGAAUCACAGAUUAGUGUAACCUCCUAUGAGAGCUUAAAAGAAACGUCAGGUCUGACAAUAUUUGUGCCUACCAUAAUACGAUUUUACACUGAUAGAGAUCUGUAAAGAGGUCUUGGUGUAAGAAUUAGGCCCAUCAUUUGUGGGCAAACCUACAAACUAGAUGCCAUGUGAAGAAUUAAUGAAGUAAGGGAUAUGCACUGUCCGUCGCUCUCAGGACGCAGAGUCGUUUCGAUUGCUGGUGCAAGUCGGAGGCAGGUGGAGCAACAGCCUGCACUGUGGGCUGUCCCCCCAUGGCACACGCCACAGCAGCGAGUGCUAAUGCAGCUUUCAGUCACUGGUGAGUCUGUAGUAGGAAUAGGUGUGUACAAACCACUGGGCCUGAGACCUUCCCAAAUAUAUGAUGAGCUAUUGUUGAACAACAUAUUCUGUCAAAAAAGUGAUGGAAAAUUGGAAUAGUGUGACUCCUCCUAAAGAAAAGCAAGGUUUGAAUUCAUUCUUCGAAACAUAAACCUGUAAUGGAAAGCCUACUGUGUUAGUUUGGCUUGAGCUAUCGUUGUUUAUCACUGGGAACAAGAAUGCUUGGAGAUGUUCACUGCUGUUAAGAUUGUUAAUUUUCUUAUAUUUGUUGCCCUCUAAUGUCACCUAAGAUUUCCACUAGGAGCAAAGCAUAGGAGAGUGAACAAAUUUAACAGAAGGUAGAUUUACUUACACUAGGUCCUCUUGGUAUUCUCAGUACUGUUGUGAGAUUCCCUUAGAUUCACAUUCAGCCUGCCCGCAUUGACUGUUUGUGAAUGUGACCCAGGUGUGAUCCCAAAGAGGGAAUGUUGGGGGGAAAAAAGCCACUAAUUGUAACACAUACAUUGAAGUAAGGAGCGGUCCUCAAUUGAAUAUCCUUAGUUUUCUCAUCAUGUCCACAUUUUAUUUAUGUAGCAAAAAGUGUUCCUUAAACGUAGUGAGACAAGUUCAGUGGUGAUGUAUAAGUGGACCAAGAGGUAAUGUAAGUGUAUACAUGAGUAGGCUGGAUUUUCAGGGAGCAUAAAUCGGCCUUACUCCCAGUGUAGACCUUGAAAAUCUAAGCUGGUGCAAAUUAUGCAAUAAAGAGGCUGAUGGAGGCAAAUAUUAAAAUAAAUCCUUAAGCUCAUGCCUUCCACACCUGAAAAAUGUUUCCCACUACUUAUUUCAGAUAACCUCUGGGCCUCUGGUCAGUAGUAAGCAUUAUGCCCACCAGGAAGUUUGGAGAAUUGGAUCAUUCAGCCUCAAGGUUUAAAACCCACAGAUGAAAUUGCACUGAGAUGAAGUCAGUAUGAGGCUGAAGUGAACAGCUUUGAUCUUCACUAAGUUUGCAAUGAGAUCAUUUCAGGUAACUUAGAAAUGAUUGCCCUAAAGCAAACAGAAUAUUGCACGUUAAUGCUCAAAAUUGCAUGUUUCCUGCACGUGUCGAGAUAGGCACGUUGUGCUAGCUGAGCAUCGGAUUCUGACAGGAGUUGCACGCACACUAAUUUGUGGGUGUUACAAUUCAAAAGAAAAUAUUCUCUCUCUCUCCUUGUUUUAAGUUAUUUUCCACUGGACACUAGCCAUUUGAAGUGUUGCCAUCUAUCACUUAGUGGGAGAACCUCUAUUUAAUUGCAGAGUUCAUCCCCUCCUGUAGGAGGACAUAUCAAAGAUUAACUGGCACUGAGACGGGCCACAGCUCCAACACUGAAUUCUUAUUAUAGUAACACACAGCGAAAACGAUUAAUCUGAGCCUGCAUUUCUUAUACAAUCCAAUUUUACAUUGGCUUCACUAGAAAUGAGAGUUCAAAAUUAGUUUUCAAUAAAGGAGAAUUCUAGGGCAUGUUCUUAUGUAAGUAAUAUUAAAAAUUAUUUGAAAAGGACAGGGACAUUGCACUGGCAAUGAAAUUAAGUUCAUGACUUUGUUACAUGGAAAAACUUCUGGGUAACCAAGAAGCACAUUAACUCAAAGAGCUUAAUUCUACUUUAUUGCAAGGGGUAAUAUUUUUGAAAGUAGCAGUUUAGCAGUGAGGGUGUUUAAGCCAUUCAGUCCAAUGCGGAUGUAUACAAUCCAUAUAUUUUGAGAGUGGUGGUGUAAUGGUAGGGAUGAUGGUCUAAGGAUAAAAGAGAAGACAGUUUUGCAGGAACAGGUGUUACCCUUUAUUAGGAUGAAGGGACUGAAUGCCCAAAAGCCAACACUUUUCUUUCAACUGUAUAAGCUGCUUUAAUAAAAUAUAUUGUUCUCCCUACAUCCUGUCUUCUCUUACAUUUUGAUAGUUAUUCAUCAUGUUUUCCUCAAGCCACGGAAAAUGUUAAUUUUUAUGUGAAUUACUAAUCACAGAAAUGUUCUGAUUCUAAACGGUUACAUCAUGGUUAGGAAGUUUUGCCUAAAAUACUUUUCUACAGGAAUAGGUCUUAAGGGAAAAAUGUUCACUUAAUGGACAAUUGCUAUGUACUAAUUUAGAACAAAUGACUGUUAUGAGGAUAUGAAAACAUUUUCUCAAAAAAUAGUAUUUUCUCUUGUGAAUUAUAUUCAGAAUUUUGAUCUAAUUGUAAAUGCUUUCUGUUUCUAUGGGACUUUAUUUAUUAAAAACAAAAAAACUUGC